AGGGGCCGAAGAGUCUUGGGGCCUGCGCUAGGGCGGGAGCAGAACUGGGUGGAAGGAGAGCGCUCCUUCCUGUGUUCCCUGGAGGCGUUGGUGGAGCUCUUGCAGGGUGCAGGACCCUACCCUUGAGCGAGCUCUCACGCCCACCCGCCCCACAGGAAGUUAGUCGGCCUAGGAGAUGCUGGGCUACUUUGGACUGCAGUAAGCUUCAGAGUCAUAGAAUCACCAAAGACUGAGGCAUAAACACUGGAUUAAGACUUGAUUAUUAGAGGCUGGCACUGUCUUUUCCACAAUGGCAGAGGUGGUGGCUGAGGUCGCUGAAAUGCCAACACAGUCAUCAGGGGCAGUGGAGAUAUCAUCAUCCAUAUCAGGGGAGAUGGCGGAGAUGGCAACAGAAGUGAAUGAAAUGACAUCUGGGGAGGCCCUUGCUUCAUCCCUCUUCUUUCAGCACCACCAGUUCAUGUGCUCUGAGUGUGGCAGCCUCUAUAACACACUGGAGGAAGUCCUCUCACACCAGGAGCAACAUGUGCCCAGUGUGUCAGAAGAGGAGGCACUGACCACACAGGACACCAGCCUGGAGUCAGAUUUGAUGCCAGGCUCUGAGGAGGGGCCUUUCCAGUGUGGUGAAUGCAACCAGCUCAUCCUUUCCCCCAGAGAGCUCCUAGCCCACCAGGAUGCCCAUCUCCGGGAGUCUGCAAGCCAGAUCCAGUACCAGUGUGGGGACUGCCAGGAACUCUUCCCCUCACCUGAACUGUGGGUGGCUCAUCGCAAGGCCCAGCACCUUCCUGCUAUAGCAGUUGAGUCUCUAGUGCCAUCUCCUUUACAUGCCCCAACACCACUUCCUCCACCCCCACUGCCACCUGAAGUCAAGAUGGAGCCCUAUGAGUGUCCUGAGUGUUCUACCCUCUGUGCCACUCCUGAGGAGUUCUUGGAGCAUCAGGGUACUCACUUUGACUCCCUGGAGAAAGAAGAGCGCAAUGGCUUAGAGGAAGAGGAGGAAGAGGAGGAGGAUGAAGAUGAUGAUGAUGAAGAGACAGAGAAUGAGGAGGAGGCAGCUACAGAGGUUGCUGAUGAUACUAUGGGAGGUGACAAGACCACAGUUGGCCAAGCCCAGGGCUGUGGAGAUUGCCCCCAACACUGUAUCUCAGGGGCACGCCGGCAACACCGGCGAGCAUCUCGUGACCCAGCGUCAGCCACCUACCCCUUCCACUGCAGCCAGUGUCAGCGGAGCUUCAGCUCAGCGAACCGGCUACUGGCUCACGGGCGGGCCCAUGUGGGUGGUACACACGAGUGUACAACCUGCUCCAAGGUCUUCAAGAAAGCAGCUUCACUUGAGCAGCAUCUGCGGCUGCACCGUGGUGAAGCCCGCUACCUCUGUGUGGACUGUGGCCGCGGCUUUGGCACAGAGCUCACAUUGGUGGCCCACCGGCGGGCCCACACUGCCAAUCCAUUGCAUCGCUGUCGCUGUGGCAAGACAUUCAGCAACAUGACUAAGUUCCUGUACCACCGGCGCACUCAUGCUGGGAAAAGUGGAGCCCCCACCACUGCAGCAACAGCCUCCCCAGCUCCAGCUGAGCCCACACCUCCACCCCCACCCCCACCCCCUGCCCCAGCCCCACCUGCCCAGCUGCCCUGCCCACAGUGCUCCAAAUCUUUUGCCUCAGCCUCCCGGCUCUCCCGGCACCGGCGGGCAGUACACGGGCCUCCUGAAAGGCGGCACCGCUGUGGGGUUUGUGGCAAGGGCUUUAAGAAGCUGGUCCACGUGCGCAAUCACUUGAGGACGCACACAGGUGAGAGGCCUUUCCAGUGCCACUCGUGUGGCAAAACAUUUGCUUCUUUGGCCAACCUUAGCCGCCAUCAGCUAACCCAUACUGGUGUGCGUCCCUACCAGUGCCUGGACUGUGGCAAACGCUUUACACAGAGCUCCAACCUACAGCAGCACCGGCGGCUGCACCUGCGGCCAGUUGCCUUCGCUCGUGCCCCUCGUCUCCCCAUCACUGGUCUGUACAAUAAGAGCCCCUACUACUGUGGAACAUGCGGCCGAUGGUUCCGUGCCAUGGCAGGCCUGCGGCUGCAUCAGCGAGUCCAUGCCCGAGCCCGUUCUUUGUCACUGCAGCCUCCCAGAUCACCAUCUCCCACCCUCCCCCCAGCCCCUGAGCCUCAGCAAACUAUCAUGUGCACAGAGCUUGGGGAGACCAUUGCUAUCAUUGAGACAUCCCAGCCACUGGCACUUGAGGACACGCUGCAGCUGUGCCAAGCUGCACUGGGGGCCAGUGAAGCAAGUGGGCUAUUACAGUUGGACACAGCCUUUGUGUGACACAGCCAGAAUGCAGCAAUAAAGGGGUUUGCUUGCAA